AUGACUCGAGAUCAUUUGAGUAAUGAGGAGUUCUUCUCACGACUCGCCCACCUAUUCGAAUACACACGCACAAAGGGCCAUGGCAGCGUUUACCUCACACAAAAGCGCCUAACCUUCGACACAUCCUCCUCACCGCCCUCACCCGCAAAAGUCGCUGACGACCCUCUCUGGGACACACACCCCGAGCAGCCGCUGCCCAUUCUCAUCCGUGCCUCCAACAAUGGGAGCGACAGGAAGAAGGGAACAGACCGAAAAGACAUCGAGAAGAUCAAGUUGAGCACAGUAGUGAAACCAGAUGAUCUAGACUCGUUCUACGCGCGGUAUGCGGAGGCAUGUAAAAUAGGCAUGUCAGGACUAAAGAAGCGAGACAAGAAGAAGGCGAAGAAGGUCAAAAAGAAGAAGAAGGUUGCGGUUGGCGAAACCAAGGCCUGA